CUUUUCCUUUGAGUUCUUCUUCUGUAAGUACCGCAUCCUACAGUCUAGGUACCAUGGUUAGACAGGCAUUUCCUACGUAAGUGAGAAAAGUGAAUAUAAGAUAUCCAACUUUCUCUCACCUUACUCCCAGACUCUUCUUCAUCACUUUGAGAACUUUUCCUUACCUGAAUAUAAGUCAUAUCUCCCUCUCUCUUUACUGCCUCUCCCUUUUCUCACCUUCACCUUUUUCCGUCUCGGUUCUUGGACAAAUAAGAGCUACUGAUCGUUCUCCUCCUUAUCCUCCAUCUUGGUCACGAUCUCGAUCUCAGUCUUCAUCUUCACUUUCAUUUCAACUCUUUUGUAGUCUGGCUAGCUCACGAUGGGGGACUCAACACCCCAAAUGCCGCAAAGACGCAGCGGGCUUAGAAGCGAAAAAGAGCAGAGGGAAGUUGUCUGGCCUGAGUUUAUUCACCAUUCAGCUACCGAAUUUCGCACACCACAACAGUUGUUCAGCGACAUCCGCAAAAAAAUCCUUAACACAAACCAUUCUGCAGAGAUCACAUACUCCUCCGUCCCUCCUGACUGGGGUACCUUGAUCGUUGACUCCAUAGACUCCCACGAAGACACUGAAAGGUCCAACGCGAAAAUAAACUACAACACCGUAACACAGACGGUUCGGAUUAGGAUCAUGCCAACGCUUCUGCAUGUAUGUCACGGUAAUUGGAUGAGAAAUGUGGAAGCCGACUGGCGAGAACAGAAUCUCGUCACAGAUCGGCAGCUGAGGAAUUUGACAAUGCUCAUGAGCCCAUUGCAAUCACGUUUCGCUGGCCCUUACGCCAACUCGAGAAAAGAACCGGAUUAUUGCCUGAAGCCAGACAAUGAGUAUCAACCUUCACUCGUUAUUGAAAUGGGAUGGUCAGAGUCACACCGGGAACUUAUGGAAGAUGUGAGACUAUGGAUGGUGGGGGGCCGUCCAUAUGUCAAGAUUGUCAUAAUCAUCAAGUUCGCGCGUAGGGGAAGAAGCAAUGAAGUAACUGGAAAGGUAGGUUUGUAUGUGCCGGAUGCAGCAGGAAACCCUGUGCUCCAACAAGAAGCGGUCAUAUUUCCAGCCAACGCGACUGGCGUCUCUCUUCACAUUACUGCUGGCGAUCUUUUUGGAUCUGCUCUUCCGCAAGGCCUGGCGACCAAUACAGCUCUUCCGUUGAGCAUCGAUUCUCUCCGGCACGAGGCCGGCAAACAACUUGUCCAUAUGGGAAUGGUCCCCGCCACGUAGAUCUGAUGGUGUCGUAGCAUUGUUCAUCCUCCGUCAAAGCCAUAAACGAACAGACUCCAGGAUACCAACGAAACACGGUUACUUGAGACGUAAGGGAGAGGGCGAAUAGCAAGUCGGCUUAGUCAGCGAGUCUGGCCCCUGAGGCAUCAUAUGCACGGAGCACUCUCUAGCUUUUCCUGUGUCGAUUCCAAUUUAGAUACAAAGUGUUCAUAAAUAAAUAUGGAGAAAAAGGGGCAAACGAGACUCCC